UAUAAGUAGACUUGUGCUCAAACAUCUUUUGCAACUGAGGUGAAUAUGCCUGGUUUCCAGUAACUUUUUUUGUGUCUGAGUGACUCAACCAGAACUAAUUUCUUUAACACAUGGAGGAUCUCAAGAAGUCCUGUGGAUAGUUUUUACAAGAAACCAGCUUGAAACCUGUAAUUACUAGUAAUAGUAUUGAGCGUUCACGGCAUUAAGGAGAUUAUGCGCAACUAAUGAAGGUCGUUCAAGGAUAAUUAGUGUCUCAAAUUACUUGAGACUUGCAAGGAAAGCGCAUGUCCGGAUUUGAGGUGGAACUAAUGAAGGUCAUUCAAGGGUAAUUAAUAAGAAGGUACAAAGAUCAAUUAUGUUGAAUGUAAUAAGGCCAUGUUGACAUGGUUGUUUUGUAAAUAGCUCUCCUCAGAAACACCAAAAUCACGCGAAAAUUAUGGCCUCGUUGCUUGUCGAAACCUUGAAAUUUAUUGGCCUGUUAUUCUGGCAAAUUAUUACCGCGAUUGUAAUGUGGUUUGUUCCAGCUAAAAAGAAAGAUGUUCGUGAUGAAAUAGUUUUGAUCACAGGAGCAGGGAGUGGAUUGGGUCGUUUAAUGGCCCUGCGUUUCGCGUCUCUUGGUUCAAUUGUCGUUUGUGUUGAUAUCAACAAACAGGCAAACGAAGCGACUGUGGAUGAAAUAAAAGCAAAAGAUCAGAAAGCUUUUUCGUUCACUUGUGAUUGCAGUAGCAAAGACGAUAUUUAUCGUAUUGCGAAUGAUAUCAAAACGAAUGUUGGAGAAGUGACAAUCCUUAUUAAUAACGCUGGAAUUGUCAGUGGAAAGAAGUUUUUAGAGUGCUCAGAUGGUUUGAUUCAAAAAACCUUUGAAGUGAAUACUUUGGCACAUUGCUGGACAACCAAAGCAUUUCUUCCUGCAAUGAUAGACAACAACCAUGGUCACAUUGUAAGCAUUGCAUCUUCAGCUGGCCUCUUUGGUGUUUCCGGACUGUGUGAUUACUGCAGCUCAAAGUUUGGGGCAUAUGGCUUUAAUGAGUCGUUACAGAUGGAGCUUGCUGCCACUGGGAAACAUGAUGUUCAUACCACAGUUAUUUGUCCAUAUUUCAUAAACACCGGCAUGUUUGAUGGGGCAAAGACAAAAUUUCCAUCACUUCUUCCUAUUGUUGAACCAGACGUGGCAGUAAACAGAAUUAUGAACGCAAUACUAACAAACCAGCGUGUUUUGAUAAUGCCAAGAACUUUGUACAUUUUUCUGAUUCUAAAAAGUUUGCUACCUCAGGUUUCCUAUAUCGCCUUAUCUGAGUUCUUUGGAGCCAGUGCAUCAAUGAAUGAUUUCAAAGGCAGAACAAAUAAAAAGGAAAGUUAAAUGAUGGAAGGAUGAAGUCCUCUGCAUCUAUGAAAUAUGAAUUUGGAUUAUUCAAGCAAUGACUCAUUAUUUACAUGAUAGAGAACGGCCAUGCUAGGAUUGUCAAUAUCGUGUAAUUGGAUUUUUAUAUAAAAAAAAUUUUGAGUACCUUAGGAAUUUUAGACAUAUAUAUCAUUCUUAUUCAAUUUUAACUUGAUAAAUGGCCUUGUUUAUAAGUUUGCAAAGCAUUUUUGCUGGGGCAAAUGGUUAGUACCAAAUUAUUGUUAAUUUUGAAUAAUAAUCAUAAUAAUUUUAAAAUAAUAUAUAUUCAUAUCUUUAGUUAUUAGUUUAUUUUAUCCAAAUCCAUUUUAGUGUAAUUUGAGUUUAAAUAAAUUGUUUUCUACAAUGA